GAAUGAUUUCACAUUAGGACAAUUUGUAUAGUGAGACUUGAGAGUAGUGGGCAUGGCAAAAAAUGCUAAUGACUUAAUGGAGUACUUCUUCGAGAAUGACCAUGAAGGUAAUGUCGAGAGUAAAUCAAACACAAGUGGUGGUGAUGAUUAUCAUGAUGAUGAUGUUCAUGGUUAUGAUGAUGAUAAAGGUGGAGAUGAUUUUAGUGAACAAAAGUUGGCUUCCUCUUCCUCUUCUUCUCUAUUCUUCUCCCAGCAAUGGCCACAAAGUUUCAGGGAAACAAGUGACUCAUUCACAAUUGCUGCACCACCAAACGUAGGCCUUUUGAGGCGUGGAUCGAGCUCCACAGUUUCACCUUAUGAUACCAAUAAAAGGUUUCUUAACUCUGAUGAAAAGACACUUUUUCUCUCUGGAGCUUCUGUUCAUGAAAAACUCACGGGGGAGCAUCCUCUUAGCCACGGAUGUAGCUUCACACAAACGGUAAUAAAUGGGCUCAAUGUGAUGGCUGGAGUUGGGCUUCUUUCUACUCCUUUCACUAUAAAAGAAGCUGGCUGGGCUAGCAUUGUGGUUUUGGUUUUUUUUGCUGUUACUUGUUGCUAUACAGCGUCUCUUAUGAAGCAUUGUUUUGAGAGCAGAGAUGGCGUGGCAACUUAUCCUGACAUGGGUGAGGCCGCGUUCGGAAGAUAUGGGCGCAUUAUCACAUCUAUGCUUUUGUUUACAGAAUUAUAUACAUACUGUGUAGAGUUUAUCAUAUUGGAGGGAGAUAAUCUCACAACUUUAUUUCCUGGAGCUUCCUUCAACUGGAAGGGUCUAAAUCUGGAUUCUACACAUUUAUUUGGACUUCUAACUGCUCUGAUAGUUCUACCAACCCUCUUUUUAAGGGAUGUUCGGUUCAUAUCAUAUCUUUCAGCCUGUGGUGUUGUUGCAACUAUAGCAAUUGUAGUUUCUGUAGCGUUACUCAGUGCUGUAGAAGGAAUUGGAACGCCCCGAACAGGUCACUUGGUGAAUUGGAGUGGCAUCCCAUUUGCUAUUGGUGUGUACGGAUUUUGUUAUUCUGGACAUUCUGUCUUCCCGAAUAUCUACCGAUCAAUGGCCAACAAAAAACAAUUCACUAAGGCAAUGAUCAUAUGCUUUAUUUUGUGUGUUGCACUAUAUGGGAGUGUGGCAGUAAUGGGAUAUCUAUUAUACGGUCAGAGCACGCUGUCUCAGAUCACUCUGAAUAUGUCGCCUGAUUCUAUUCCUGCAAAGAUUGCUGUGUGGACAACGGUUAUCAACCCUCUCACAAAAUAUGCACUUAUGAUGAAUCCAUUGGCUAGAGCCUUGGAGGAGUUGCUGCCAGAGAGAAUCUCAAGAAGCUUCCUGUGUUUUAUUAUGCUAAGGACACUACUUCUCAUUUCAACUGUUUGUGUUGCAUUUCUUCUUCCUUUCUUUGGCCUUGUGAUGGCUUUAAUCGGCUCUCUUCUCAGUAUAUUACUGGCGGUUAUAGUUCCGAGUGUGUGUUUUCUGAAGAUCAUGGGUAAGACAGUUACAAACACACAGAGGGCUACUAGUAUUGCAGUCGUGAUUGUGGGCAUCAUAUGUGCAGCUCUGGGGACAUACUCCUCUGUCUCAAAUAUAGUAAAGCAAUAUUGAUUGGAAGAUAUCAGAAAAGUUGCAAUUGUGUUUUCCGUUUUCCUAUCAAUGGCUCUCACCUUAUGUAAUAAUAGAUGACUAGAUCCAUCAUUAUUGUCCAACUUACAAAAAUAAAAGUUCAACCUCCCCCCCUAUGGAGGUCUAUUAAAAGUAUUAUUGAAGUAAAAAUUAUUUGCAAUAGUUAGUGUCCUAUAAUCUCA